CGGCCGCCUGAGCCUCUGCCGCCGCCUCUGCCCCCGCUCCGGCCGCGACCCCUGCCCGGGCCCCGACCUCAGCCCCGACCCCUCCCGCGGCCCCGCCGACCUCGCCCACGUCCCGGGCCCCGGCCCCGGAGGCCCAGCCGUGGGCAGGAUGCUGCCCAGCUCCAUCCAGAUUUCGGGGGAGCCGCUGUCAGGCGCCGAGGUGCGGGACAUCUGCCGCGGCCUGCGCGACAACGCCGUGCGCCUGCUCUCCCUGCGCGGCUGCCGCCUCUGCGACCGCGACUUCGGCCGCAUCUGCCGGGCUCUGGCCGGGGCCACGUCCCUGGCGCAGCUCAACCUUAACCUGGGCGUCGUGUCCAGCCCCAGCCGCAUCAAGCAGCUGGCGGAGGCGCUGCGGACCAACCGCUCCAUCCAGUCCCUCUUCCUGCAUGGGAGCCCCCUGACAGAUGCGGGGCUGGCCUUGCUGAACCCCGCCCUGGCGCUCCACCCUGCCCUUGUGGCCCUGGACCUGGGGGACUGCAUGCUGGGCGAUGAAGCCAUCAACCUCAUCUGUGGCCUCCUCCCCCCAGACGGGGCCAAGUCUGGCUUGAAGGAGCUAACGCUGAGUGCCAAUCCUGGCAUCACCCCUAAGGGCUGGAGCCGCCUUGCCAUUGCUGUGGCCCACAGCUCCCAGGUCCGCGUCCUCAACCUGGAUUACAACCCCCUGGGUGACCAUGUGGCAGGGAUGCUGGCUGUCGCUGUGGCCUCCAGCCGCACCUUAGAGGUCCUGGACUUGGAGGGCACGGGGCUCACCAACCAGUCAGCUCAGACCCUGCUGGACAUGGUAGAAAAUUACCCCACGGCUUUGCGGAGCCUGGUGUUGGCUGAGAACAGCAUUAGCCCUGAGCUGCAGCAGCAGAUCUGUGACCUCCUUUCUGAGGGAGAGGAGGAAGAAGAGGUGGCAGGAGGGUCUGGGGACACGCAGGAAGGAGUGAGGGGGCGGGAGUCUGCUGCCCACCAGAGAGGCAGCAGCUCCUGGAUGUGCCCCAGUGAUCCCAGCUCUCAGAUGGUGCUAAUGACGUCAGGACUCGGGGACAGUCUGUUGGCUGAGACGGAGAUGUGACUCUGCACUUGGGUUUCUGUGCAUCAUUACAUUUGUCUAUGUCCGCAGCACCUUGCCCCAGAUAUCAGGGUCAGGCCCGGGGCUUGGGAGGGAGGGGGUGGCCCGGGGCUCUGGCAGCUCCAGGCAGUGUGCUGGGAGGCUCUGGAAGCUGUGACUGAGCAGCAGCCUUGGGGAUACUUGAACUCAAAGCAGUGGUUCUGGACUUGUUGGCAGGUCUGGCUGCAGCCCGCUGGCUCGGAAGAGAUUUUAUG